UUAUAAAAUAAAAAUAAUAAAAAAAAAAUGACACACAGCUACGGUUAUAGAAGAUAAACAAGAAAAAAAUUUGCAAAAGCUUUCAAGACAAAAGGACAUUUAAGAAUUUCCAGAUAUCUUACAACAUAUAAGAUUGGAGAAUAUGUAGAUAUUCUUGUUGAUGGUUCAGCCCACAAAGGUAUGCCAUACAAAUUAUAUCACGGAAGAACUGGACGUGUUUUCAAUGUUAACCCUAGAUCAGUCGGUGUUAUUGUCCACAGAAAAUGGAAUGGCAGAUAUAUUGAAAAAAGAAUUAAUGUUAAAAUUGAACACGUUAGACCUUCUAAUGUUAGAAUUGCUUUGGCUAAGAGAUAUUAAGAAAAUGAUAAAAAAAAAUAAGAAGGAAAUAAAAGUGGUAAGAGAAUUUCGACUAAAAGACACCCUGAAUAACCCCAUGAAGAAGUGCAUAUUAAAGGAGUUGUAAACUUUUAACACCCUAAAGUAUUCAGAGAAGUUUUUUGAGAAAUUAUUUAUUUAAUAAAAAUAAAUACAAAAGAAAAAGAGAUUAAAUAAUAAAGUUUAUUUUUUAUAUAUUAACUUUUGUAUUUCGUUUGAUUUAUGUUAUAAGAAGUAUUAAUAUUUAAAUUUCUAUUA